UCUUUGAAAACUCUGAAAAAUGGCCUCCUCCAGCGCUGUAGAAGAUGAGCACCUCACGGACUCUGACUUAACCGAUGACGAGGAGCGCAGCGUGGAACCGCGUCAGGAAGAGCUGCGCCCCGAGACCCCAAAACCCUCUUACAGCGACGAGGAACUGCACCAGUUGGUGGGUUACAUACAGCGCAUGAGUGUGUUGAGCUGCCUGGAUCACAGGGACUGGCACGAGGGAGCCCUGGACAUAAUCAGACGUUGGCUCCUGGAGGUCCACGAGCCCCUUCUGACCAUAUACUAUGAUAGAGAUGCACUGUCCGCCUGCCUUGGCAUUCCCACCACAUGUGUCUCAGAUCUGAGUUACUUUCGCCGGGAACCAAAUGAGAUCUUUACCGUGGAGGGCUUCCACGAUGAGGUGAACUUUGGAACCUUGACGAGCGACGUGGAUGGGUGUUUGAUGGAGUUACUGGAUCGUUUGUACGCCCCCUUCUUUCGAAACUUUCGUGAGUGGAAUGCUACGGUGCGAAGUCGCUUUUGCUCCAGUUUGGACAGAUUUCUGGCAUUCCUCACCGGGAUGCAUCACCAAAUCUCUGGGGUGGCGGUGCUCUAUGUGCCCUAUGUUAUCAAGGAACUCGCGGCUGGACCCGUUGAUAGGCAGUUGGUCAGGAGCUUGGAGGGAAUCGCCCUGUACUGGACCACACAGAUUCGCACUUUGCUGGAAGACGAUACCUUGACGGUUCCUCAUGACCUGGUCACCGUGCGGGACGAGUUUGAGUUUUGGGAGUAUCGCUAUGAAGUUCUUCAAGGGAUCAACGACCAAUUGGCUCAAUCGGAUGUUCAGAAAGUGUUGCAGUUGUUGCACAAAGCGCAUUCCGUACACAUGCCACAAAUGGAUGGUCUUAUAGAGAGGGCCAAAGGAGAGCUUCUUAAAUCACUGUCCAACAUUAAGUUUCUUCACCUGCUGAUCGAGCCCUGCUCUAAAAUCGACGUAGCCACAAGUCCUUCUGACUUGAGCAAGCUUUUACCACGUAUAAUUCACCUUAUACGCUUUAUUUGGUUGAAUUCGGAGUAUUACAAUACGACUCGACUUAUAGCGGGAUUGUUCCGGAAUCUGAGCAAUCAGAUCAUAAAAUUUUGCACGGGGCAAACCAAAGUUGAAGACAUCCUCUCGGGAAAGCCGCGCUUUGGUAUUCAAAUAUGCAACAAUGCCAUCGAUUGCUGCCUGGUUUACAAGGGGAUCUAUGGUAAAAUGUCUAAAGAAUUGGCCGAGAAACAGAGACAGUUGCCUUGGGAGCUGAACGAAGGCCUGAUCUUCAACCAUAUCGAUGCUUUUGUCGAGCGAUUAAAUGAUGUGAUUGAUAUUUGCGAAUCCAUGAUAGUUUUUGGUCGUCUGGAUGAGAACGGGAGCAUACCCAAGCCCAGUUUUGGCGGCACAUGUGGCGAGGAGAUGGAGAAGAUAGCCGAAAAUGUGGAGCAACAGUUCCUGGACACGUUAAAGCAAUUGCAGGGCAGCUCCCAGGCAUAUAUUCUAAACGUACAUCGGUCGGAUUGGUAUAACGAUGUGGCCAAUUUUCGCAGGAGCAUGACGAAACUGGAGGAGACUGUCCAGCGGUUAAUUUUCAAUGUUUUCCAGCGCGUAUCAAAUGUGGAGGAGACAUUGGAAGCCCUGCAGGCCAUGCUAUUCUACUCCUACCGCCAGAGGGGGACUCUCAGAAAGACAUACCUGAAGGAGGUGAGCCGGUUAUGGAGGAUGUUCUCCAAGGAAAUGGAUGCCACGUCGAGAAAACUACUAGAGGAGCGAGGGCAGGAAUCCUGGCUAUCCAAGCAUGUAUCCAUGGCUCUUAACUACCGCAUCAAUUUGGAACGCUUAGCUUGGCUUAAGGACCGACUAAAGAAUGCCGAGUGGUUGCCGCCUGACAAAGAAUCCUCUCCAGUGCUGGCCAAAUUCGCUUCACUGCGUCACGAGUUCCAAAAGGAAAUCCGUCAGGCCUACGAAAAUUGGGUGGCCAAGUGCUGUGGGUUUUCUGGCGAUCUCAGCCAGCGUUUGGACCGCUACUUGAUGGUUCGCAGUAAGAAAUUCAAAGGCCUUCUGGAGUGCAAUAUUGAUCCAUCCGUAUUGGAGCUCUGUGAGCAGGCUCAGCACUUCGAAAGGUUGGGUUUUGCCAUCCCCAACACCCUGAAAAAACUAUAUGAAAGAUACGAUGUAAUAAGAUCCUUGUACAACAGCGUAAUCCAACUUGCUCUCAGUCAUAAUUGCAUUUUGACCGCUUUGAGUGAUAAAGAACGACAUUUAUUUCGACCCUUGAUUCAAGCCUGUGAUCGCCAACUGGCUCCUGGGAUAUUCAAGAUUACCUACGGCUCUGAUCUGAAUGAGGAAUUUUUCGAAGAUGGCAAAGAGUUCCUCGGCGAGUUCCAGGAGUUGGUUCACAUAUUUAAGCGGGCAAAUCGAGGCGUGGCGAGAAGUUGUGAGAAGAUCUGCGAUACCUGUUUGCUGCACUUCGCGUUCGCUGGUGCCGUGGAUAUAUCCGUGUUCCAACAGCAUUUGUCCAGCAGACUAAACUCCUCCGGUGACGUCUUGAGGAAGUACUACGGCAACAUAGUGGAGCUCCUGUUCGCUUUUAGUCGGCAAUUCCAGUCGGUGGACGACGAGAUGUCUACGGAGUGGAUAACUUUCGUGAAUGAUCUGGAUGACAUGGUGGCCAGCGCUUUGAUGACCAGUGCCCGGGGCUCCUUAAACAUGCUGUAUAAAGCCCUACACAGUGAUGAGGAUAUGGCAUCCGCUCCCAUAAUAGUCCUCGAAUCGGAUGUGAAGGACGGUCGAAUUGUGUUCACUCCCGACAUGGAUGCCAUCGGGGAUAUGGUGAAUGGAAUCGUAGACAGUAUCCGCAGCAUGUUGGAUCAGUUUCCCCGACUGGGUUACAAACUGAAGCUCCCGAAGAAGCAGCAGCGUCAAGGAUUCGCCUGCGUUUUCCGGGAAGAUCAGGAGUGCUCGGAAUUAAUGAGGAGCAUUCAAGCGGAGAUCGCCAUCCAGCGAGAGGAGAUGGCCAAGUAUGAAUCAGAGUGGAAUCAACACCGUUCCCUUUGGGAAAACACGGAGGAGGGAUUCCGACAGCGCCUGAAUUCCAGUUCACGAACGGCUGGGGUUUUUGAAGGCGGCAUCGAACACUACAGUGCUUUGGCGGAUGACGUCAUCUUCGAGGAUGCCAUUACAAACGUCUACUUCUUACUGAUAAACCAAAAUGCUCUGAAAAGUACUAUCCUAGAUUGGAUCGAAAAGUGGCAGGCUCUCAAUAUCAGUAUGUUGCUAGAUCAUGCCAGCAAUUUAAUGAAUGCCACCUACCGAUACAUGCGACGCAAUGAGCGGAACGUGAUGAAGGUUCCCCGUACAAUUCGUGAAACCGUGGCUGCCAAACAGCAUUUUGAAAAGCUCGUCAAAGAAGUACCAGUGAAACAAUCGUUUUUCAUUCCGAUGUUGGAACUCUUUGUCCUCCUGCACAAAUAUCAGGUGCAACUUAAUGAGAAGACAUACCAGCAGGUGAUGGGAUUGGAGGUGGCUUGGCUUCACUACCUUCAAGUCUUGGCAGAGGCAGAUGAUAUGUUAGAUAAUGAGGGCGGAGAAACCAAAUUGGAGUUGGCCAAACAUGGUGAAAAGUUCAAGUUAAUACUUAAAGAAUUUCUGGAAGAUUUCUACUCCAAAUUACCCAAGCAAUAG